GAUGUGUUGUUUCGUGCCAUCCACGUGUUCAACGGUGGCUUCAUUUUACGGUAUUGUUACGGUGACUGACGCCGCCAGGUACUGUACUGUUGUUGUACUAAACUAAACCAAACCCAUAGACAGUGGAUUCGGUGGUGAGAAUGUCCAUGGAUAAGAUUCCUACCGAGUUAGAUUACUAUCAUGACAUGUGGAAACUCCAAUCUACUGCCACACUUCUUUCUCACUACAAGGGAGAUGAUGGGAGACAUGUUUUGAUAUUGGAUCGGACUAUUUUCUAUCCACAAGGUGGUGGUCAACCGGCAGAUACUGGCUUCUUACAUUUUCAAGGCUUAAAUCUCAAGUUUUUGGUCAACGAUGUUCGAUCAAAAGAUGGAAUUGUUUUACACUAUGGUGUCUUUGAGGGUUUGGGAGGUGAGUUUGAGGAUAUACUCGAGAGAGGGAAGGAGGUUUCACUUUUUGUUGAUGAGCAUAGGCGAAAACUAAAUUCCAGGUUGCAUUCAGCAGGGCAUUUGCUUGACAUUUGUCUGCCAAAAAUUGGAUUGGGUCAUUUAGAGCCUGGAAAAGCUUACCAUUUUUCGGAUGGGCCUUGGGUUGAAUAUAAAGGUGUAAUUCCACAAAAUGAAAUGCAGAACAAGCAAAAGGAACUAGAGCAAGAGGCUAAUGCUUUGAUUUCCAUGGGAGGAAAAGUUUCUGCUGAUAUAUUACUGUAUGACGAAGCUGCUAAGCUAUGUGGUGGUAUUCUUCCUGAAUAUGUUCCCAAGGAAAGCACACCUCGCAUAGUGCGGUUAGGGGAUAAUCCUGGCUGUCCCUGUGGUGGUACCCAUGUUGUAGAUAUUUCGGACAUCACAAAAAUUAAGGUUUCUCAAAUUCGGUCAAAGAAGGGAAUGACAAAAGUAUUUUACAAUGUUGAAUCUUAGUUACAUGGAUGUGUCUGCUGCCAAGUAAAUGUUGUUUGAGAUCCAUGGCGAUGACAAGCUAAAUUUGAAUCUUUUUCUUUUAAGAAAGCUAAAUUGGAGUCAUAUUAAUAGUCACUUGUGAACAAUGAUCAAUUUAUGGUUUUCAUACCACAACAAAACAGUAGCUGUUAUAUCUACUCAUAGCUUCAUAGGGAAACUUUGUCAAGUUUGUAUGAAUGAUGAGUUUGAAAAGAACAAUUAUCUGAUUCUGACAUA